GCGUCGGCCGCAUCGACUGUCAGCUGGAACACGUUUCUGUCCCGGACCAACGUAUCCAGCCUGGCCAGCGCCGUGUUUUCUGAGCAGGAGAACCACCCUCUUCACGGCCUUGACGAUGUCAUUCGAGCAGUCACUGCCCUGGGCCUCCGUCGAUAUCGCUAUGAGGAAAUUGCCAGGGAAGAGAAGGUGGGCGAGGGGGAGACUUACAUCGUCGAGCGCUGUGUCGUGGCGAAUCAAGUCCUCGCCGUCAAGCACCUCAAGACAGACUCGGCAAUGGACGAUCAGACAUCUCACCGGAGGCUGCGGGCGGUGAUUCUGGAGCUCCAGGUAUUGAGACACCAACCCCUGCGGAACCACCCCAACUUUCCCUACGUCUUCGGAUACGGCUGGAAUAUGAACGACGAACAGGUUAUGCCGUACCUCCUCGUUCAAUACGCGCCAGAGGGAACAUUACGGCAAUAUAUAAAGUCUAUGGCAUCGCCAAUACCGCGACGGGAUUUGCAUAUUCUUGCCGGCGACGUGGCCUCGGCUCUCUGUGCUCUUCACAAGUGCGGUAUUGUCCACGGCGAUGUCAAGCUCGAUAACGUACUUGUGGUUCACUCCUGGGAUCGUCCUGCUCAGGCUCUUGCAAAACUCACUGAUUUUGGCCAUGCGCUGAUUAUAAACGACAAGUUCAACAAGCAAGGCGGCAUAAUGAGAUAUAGGGGGACG